GAAUCAUUGUACAGUCGUUAAAAACCGCAAACAUGGACGGUAUCUGUAGUCAUACGUAUCGCAUUAGGAAACUUCUCUGCAACUGAAUGCUACAAAGAAGUCAACAGUUCGAAUAGGUACAUGUAGCCAAAUUAUAAUUUAACCAAACACUAGCCCCCGAAUGUGUUGUUGGAUAAGGCGUGAAAUUAAAGAUUGUGCUGGCUUUCUCAAUAAGUGUAACGAUGUCAUCUUUCUUGGGAACAAAAUAUGUCCAACUGUAAAUUUGGUUUAUUUCGGUGGAGAUGUACAAGAUUACGAACAAAAUAUGCACAAAAAUAAUUUCAGUAGUCAAUAUAUUAAAUGGAGUUUGGAAAAUACUGCUGAAAUUUUAUAUGAACGAUUCACUAAUCAAUUUAGUUGUAGUAAUCCUCAUAUAUGGAUUAUUCGACCUUCACAUUGGAUAGCUGAUUCAAUAGCAUGUUAUCCUAACUUUUUACCGUUUACAAAACCCGGUAUACCAUUGUUUGAAAGUGAUGAAAUAUGCAAAUUUAGAGCAAUAAGACAUUUAAACGCUUUACUGUUGAAUGCUGUUAAACAGUUGGCUGAUGGUGAAUGUCGUCAUGGAAAUUGUCAAUUGUCUAAUAUUCCAUUACGAUUGAUUGGUUUCAGUAAAGGAUGUUGUGUGCUAACUGAAUUGAUCUAUGAAUAUUCAUUAUUAUUAUGUAGUACUAAAGAAAAAUCCGGUAAUUUUAUAACAACUACUGUCAUUGGGGAAACUGAUGAACUUUGUAAAAAUCUGUCACAUAUUUAUUGGUUAGAUUCUGGACAUUCAGGUAUACAUCAUCAAUGGCCAGUUUCAAAUGUCUAUCUGUCUUUAUUGCAAUCAUC